AUGGGUGGGGAUUCUUUGGCUCAUGACGAAAGCGAUAAAGCUCAAUUUUUGUGGAAAAUCUUUGCGUCCAACUCAACCCUGGAUGAUGGCUCAGUUCCGACGUCAUGGAAGACAGCUUUAGUCCAUCCUAUCCCUAGAAAUAGUGAAUCUAAUCCGUCCAACUACAGACAGAUAGCCAUAACUUCCCUCUUCUCGAAAAUAAUGGAGUCCAUUAUUAACUCCCAGAUUCUGCGUUAUUUAGAAGAUCGUCAGCUGCUUGGACGUGGCGAAGGCCUUCGAUCGGACAGAAGCAUUACGGUUGUUGUCGACGGUGAAUGCUCUGACUCACUGUCUGUAAAUGCAGGCGUCUCUCAAGGCUCCGUGCUAUCGCCUACAUUGUUCCUCCUUCAUAUCAAUGACAUGCUGCAAAUCAGCGGCAUUCAUUGUUAUGCGGAUGACAGCACAGGCGAUGCCUACUACACCGGCCGUGCUGACAUUUCUCGGGAAAACUUUCAAAGGACCCCCCUAACUGCCUCAGCCGGUAUUGGAAUAAUUGGUGCCAGCAUUUCGAGCGACGUCCAGUUCCGCGGUCAUCUACAGGAUAAGGCCAAAUUAGCCUCGAGGAAGCUUGGUGUGCUCAAUAGAUCGAGCCAGCCACAACUGCAUUCACGCUUCUCACGUAACUUUUUGGCUAUGCAAAAACUGUGGAAGGGUCUGUCGUCGGCGGUAUUUCCGAACCGAUAUGACCUUCAAACAUUCAAAAAAAGAGAGCAGACUAGGGAACGCCAAUUACUACGAUUCCUACAUUUUGUACUCUACACCAUAUCUUCUUUAUUACAUAUAUGGUGCACAAAUACUGCGCGCACUGCCAAGCCCGCUGCUGAGUGUGUGUCACUCAAGCUCGAACUAACCCUCAGGCGUAUGUUGCAGCCGGCAGAACCAGGCACAUAUUUCUGGAAUCGGCGAACUCAGAGACAAUCAGCGGGGGAUCCAGGAGCAGGAGCAGCAGCAGCAAAACAAGCAAUGGACGAUUACAACAAAAAAUAUGAUUUGAACGCUAUGAAAAACAAAAAAAAAAAUAUUCAGCCAAUAACGGUAAUCAACAUCAGAAAAAAUAACAAACCGACUGAGAAGAACUUUCAACAAGGUUAUGCGGUGGUCAUCUAUGGGUUCAAACUAACUACUUCGAUUUUGACAAUUUUCAAGUACGCUGAGGUAUUUGGUGAUGCCUACCCGCAAUUUCACCCCUGCUAUUCGGACUACUGGACCACCGCGUACCGCUGGUUAUAUCGGUACCUUAAAACGCUUCCAGAAUGGGCGACCGGCCAGACUAGCUUCAUAGAUACGCACAAGGUGUGGAGGAAGCGCUACUUUUAUUUGAACAGAUUCGUUCCUCAUUGGGUUCGGCCCUAUUUAAUUAAGUUUUGCGUACACCCUUUAACGUUCGCGAAAGAAGAGCUAGUUUGGAAAAUAUACAAGAAGUUCGCCCAGACACAGUGGGGUAAAUUCUACAUAUACCCAUCGAAAGUCUUCGAUAAUUACAGAUCCAUGAGGCCAUAUGAAACUUUCGAACAGUUAGAUGAUAGCACCGUGUCUAAAGAUUAG